CAGGUUUGUUCUGCAUGGACCGGAGGAGUCCUGACACCUUAACUACAACAAUAUUUUUUCAUACAGUUUCCACUGGAUCACUAAAAGGACUUAAUCAGGACUUGGUUAAAACUCCCACUUUUUGAAGAAUAAAAGGGUCUGUUUUCAAGGAUCUAAUGACGAGUUACAGUAAUGGUGGAGUUUUUAACCCGGCCUACCAUGACAGUGAGACUCUGGAAAUUGACAGGAGGACACACCAGCAGCAUACCAAUCCGUAUGCGAGAGUAGACCCAGCCCAGUGGGGGCAGAAUGUUGAGCCCGCAGAUAACGGUGAGUGGGGAGCAGCUGGGGAUGGUUGGAGUGGGAGAGAAAACUUCCCCAUGGAGCUCAUCUCCACAAGUCCUCCACUGCAGCAUAACCCCAAUAACACAUUUCAGAUUGACCCAGACUCUCAGUAUAAUCGCUUACCACCUGUUCAACUUCAUUCUUCAAUUUCAGGCAACAUGACAAUGAGAUGGAGAGGAGCAACAAUGAGACGGAUGAGUAUGUUUCCUAACGCCGAUCCUGCCCACGCGGCUUUCACAGAAGAUGCCAUCAAGAGCGAGAUGGAAAAUGAGGAACAGAUCCUCAUCAAGGAGCUUGUUGCCCUGUCGACAACGGAGCAAAUCAGGAAGAUCCGGGCGCUGCCUGUGAGCUUUGAAGAGAAGAAACACGUCAGGACACAAGCAAUGGCAUUCAAGUCUUCAGGACAGUCCCAUCACUUCUCAUCUUUAAGAGAUUUUUCUCAAAAUAUGUCACUGUUGAUACGAAGGUUUGGUUACAGCAUAAAGUCCAUCAGCCAGAGCCUGCAGCUUUGGCGAGGCAUCAUGAAGGAGAUUGGGGGCAAAUUUGGCUCCAGUGUUCUCAACUACUUUGUGCUUCUAAAGUGGCUUCUCCUGUUCAACAUUUUCUCCUUCCUGGUCAACUUUGGCUUCAUUACCAUCCCGCUCCUGGUUUCUGACCUUUCACCCAACGUAUCCCCAAACGUGAGCUUCAGAGGUCUGGAGUUACUCACCGGCGCUGGUUAUUUCAACUACACCGUCAUGUACUACGGGAGCUACAGCAAUGAAACAUUUAGGGGCCUGGUGGAUUACGACAUGCAGCUCGCCUAUUUCUUCACCAUCUCGGUCUACAUGGUGCUGUGUGGACUCGUGCUCAUUUUCAGCAUGGCGAGCUCAUUUAAGAAAAACUACGCCCUGGCAGACUCAGCUUCAAACAGUGCAUGGCAGCUUUUGUGCAGCUGGGAUUUCAGCAUAACCAACGAGAAAGCAGUGAACCAGCGUAAGAACAACCUUCGAAUCCAGCUGAAGGAGUCGCUAUCGGAAAAGGCGCACAGAGAGCGACAAACAACUUCUGAACAACUGAAGCAGUACGGGAUUUAUUUUGGUUUCUGGCUCCUCUCCACCGGUUUAGCUGUUGGCUGUGGAGCUAGCAUCUUUUAUCUCUGCCAAUACGAAAACGAGCGGGCUGAAGACACCGAAACCUGGUCCACACUGAAGGAAGCAGAGACACUCCUGGUUCCCUUUGUAGUGUCUUUGAUGAAUAUGGUCAUUCCCCUCUUCUUCUCCCUCUUCAACAAGUUUGAGCAUUACUCCAGCCAGCGCAGACAGAUUUAUGCCCUGUUGUUCAGAAAUGUGUUACUCCGGUUAUCCAUUUUGGGCGUUUUGUGCUAUUACUGGAUGAAUACAGUGCCUCAGAAAUUCACAUGCUGGGAGCCCGUGGUUGGACAGGCUUUGUACCGUUUGGUCAUUGUCGAUUUCAUUUUUCUGAUGCUGGGGUCCUUGUUUGGAGAGUUUCUCAGCAAUGUGAUUGGGACCAAGAUACAACCACGUCUAGGAGUCCCAGAGUUCGACGUAGCCAGAAAUGUCCUGGAAAUCAUUUACGCUCAGACUCUGGCCUGGAUUGGAAUCUACUUCUCUCCUCUGUUACCUGUCAUCCAGAUCCUCAAGUUCUUCAUCUUGUUUUAUUUGAAAAAGGUCAGUUUGAUUCACAAUUGCCAGCCUCCACGGCGUUCAGGCAGGGCGGCCCAGAUGAAAACCAUCUUCAUCUUUCUCCUCUUCAUCCCUUUCUUUGUGGGAGCCCUGUCUAUCGUUGCGUACACCGCCUGGAGCCUGACCCCUUCGGAGCACUGUGGCCCUUUCCGGGGCCUCAACAACACAUUCAGUGUGACUGGAGAGUGGAUCGAUGACGUGAACAAACUUUCGAGCACCCAGUGGGUUGUGUGGAUCUACCAAAAUGUCAUCAAGAGUGAAAUUUUCUACUUUCUUAUCACACUCAUCAUCCUUGUCAUCAUUUACAUCUUCUGGCAGCUCAUUCAGGGCCGCAAGGAGCUCAUUGUUCUUCUGAGAAAGCAGAUUGUUAAUGAGGGGAACGACAAGUCCUUCCUGUUAGAAAAGCUGCAGAACCUGCAGAAAUCCUGUCCGAAAGUUAACAAAAAACAGAAAAAACGGACAACUCACACAAGUCGACGCUCAGCUGAGCGCUCCUCUGGAAGUCAGUCCAACUCAAACGCGGUGGUUCAGGUUCUACUCGCUCGCCAGCAGCUGGAGGAAGAGGAGAGACACAGUGCCAGUGGCGUUUCAGUCCCGUCGGACAUUUCCACCUCUGACGCCAUGAUGCAGGCCAUGCUGGCCCGUCAGAAAGCCGAGAGACAAGAUGAAAACGUCUCCGAAGCCACUGAUGGACGCCCUCCUCCCCUCGAUGCCGUGGCGCAGAGCUUGGCAGCCAGACAGAGGGCUGAAGAGACGGACGGAUACUGGAGCACGACCCACUUUAACCGAAGUAACCCAGUUUACAGCUCCAUUAUCCAAGUCAGACAAAGUGCUGAAAGGGACAGAGAAGACGAUUCGCACGAUGCUACAUCCCCAGUGUCAAGUGCAAUGAUUCAAGUCAUGCAAGCCAGACAGAAAGCAGAGGAAGAGGAAAGGAAUCAGAGGAUCUAUCCUCCGGGGCAAAACGCGGCUUCUCCCGGCUCCAGCGCUCUCAUCCAGGCCAUGUUGGCCCGGCAACAGGCCCAGAAUGAAUAUGAUGAUGGUUAUUGACCGAAAGCCUCAGAAAAUGGAAAUGGAAAACAUUAUCCUAUGUUGUGUUAUGAAUCAUUUCCAUUAUGUCAGAUAUUUCAUUUCUCUCGACUGAAACUUAUUCAGUUCAGCCAGAAAGUAAGAGAUACUGCAAUUAGGGAAUAAGAGCUGCAAGGUUCACCUCUUUAUAUGAGUAAAUGUUAGUUCUAGUGUAUUGUCCAUGGAUGUGUGUAGAUGUAUAGAAAUGAACAUUGAGGUUUAACAUGUGCCAUUUUAAGUGCAUUUAAAAAAAAAGAAAAAAAGAAAAACGAAUGUCAACUGCUUGUAUUAAUGCUGGUUAUCUAGAACUGUUACCACUUAGAAAAUAAAAUAAGUUAUGUUUUGCA